ACCAUGAAUGUCUUUGCAGUUUUGGUUCUGGCUAUUGCCUCGGCGUCCGCUGGUCUCCUGCCUCAGACUCUACCUGUGCAUCCUCGUGACAGGAUGUCGACCGCGUCCAUCAGUGGUCGCAUUACCAACGGAAAGAAUGCUGUGGCCGAUCAAUUCCCCUACCAAGUUGGACUCAGCUUCCUGGGCUUGAAGGGUAGCUGGUGGUGCGGUGGUUCCAUCAUCGACAAUUCCUGGGUGCUGACCGCUGCCCACUGCACUAGCGGUGCCUCCUAUGUGACCAUCUACUAUGGAGCGACCGUCCGAACUAGCCCCCAGUUCACCCAGAAAGUCGCCAGCUCCAACUGGAUACAGCAUGCUGACUACUACUCGAAAACCGUUCGCAACGACAUCUCCCUGAUCAAGACCCCAUCCGUAUCCUUCUCCGCUUCCGUCAACAAGAUCGCCCUGCCCGCCAUCGCCAGUAGUUACUCCAGCUACGUUGGCCAGACCGCCGUUGCCUCCGGUUGGGGAAUGACCGCCGAUACGGAGACCUCGGUCACCAAGAACCUGCAGUUCGCCGACCUGACCGUUAUUGACAACUCCGUGUGCCAGAAGACAUUCGGAAGUUUGGUGGUCACCAGCAGGGUCAUCUGCGUCGCCACCACCAAUGCCAUCUCCACCUGCCAGGGCGAUUCUGGUGGUCCCUUGGCGUUGGAUGGUACUCUCAUUGGUAUUACCUCUUUUGGAGCGAAGGAUGGGUGCGAGAUCGGUGCCCCAGCUGCCUUCACCCGGGUCACCAGCUACUUGGACUGGAUCCAGACCAACUCUGGCAUCUCUGCUUAAAGUUUUUCCUAGGAACUUCUGCAUUCGGAUGAGCGUUAAAGAAAAGUUUUAAUAAAAUAUCAGAUUAUUCAAAA